AUGCGCGAUGAGGACGGAGCGGACGAUCGCGAGAUGGAUGAGGCGAGCGCGGUACCGAGGCCGAAGGCAGAGGCGGGACAGCGCGAGCGACGUCUGUUCGCGGGACUUCUCGGGACGCUGAGAAAGAGUAAAUCAAACAUAGAAGAGAAGGAAAAAGAGGUUUUGGCGAAGAGAAAGUCCAUCGAGGCAGCGGUUUCGGGAAAGAACGAGGAGAUUAGUCGGGAAUUGAAGGAGGCGCAGUACAAGGCGUUUUUAGAAAAGCGCGAAGCCGACGAAAGGAAAAAGUUUGAGUUGGAUUUGAAGUUUAAGGAGACAGAGGGAGCAUUGAUCGAGGCAGAAUACGAAGAGAUGAAAUCUAAAAUACAUGAUGGGGGUAUAUUGACCACGACUGAGCCCGUGCUCGUGUAUAAGCCGAAGAAUCCCACGAGCGAAGACGCCGCAGCUUCGCAAAUGAGUUUGGAAAAGUUGGACGCUUGGCGCGCGUCGCAACUCGAAAGAAUCAGAAAAGCUUUGGAAACGAUUCGCAGAAGGCGAGAAGAGAUUGCCGAGCGCCGCGCACAAUCAAAGGCGAGGGGUGAAGCGCACGAUGACGUCGAUGUCGAGGACGCAGAGGAAGGCGACGACGCGAUGGAAGGUGACGCCGGCGACGCGGCUGCGUAA